AUGUCCUCCAGAGUAAGUUCUAAUUACCAGAGCUUUCUCGCACGCACUUCACCUCUUGUCCCUGUUCGUUAUCAUGCUCAGCCAAGUGGAGCGUCAUCUUCUUCAACGGUAGCUUCAGGAGCUGAAGCAAAAGAAGUGAUAAGGCCUCACAUCGUCCUCAGAGAUAUUUGGUCUGCUUAUGAAGAGUUGAGCUGUUUUGGUACUGAGGUUCCUCUUUCUCUGGAAGGCAUCGAUGAAGAGGUUACCUCCUACUAUGCUCCUACACUCUCAGCCAUGCAGAUCUUCACCAUCAAACCCUUCGCUGAUGGCUGUGGUUCUUCUUCAGGGAGUUCAUCGGUAGGAACAGAUGAUGGCUUAGGCUACCUUUAUUUUCAAUACAACGAGCUUGAAAAGCCGCACGAGAGGCACCCACUGACUGCAAAGAUUGAGCUACUGGCUGAGCAGCACAGUGGCUUGCAUAGUCUGACAAGUUCAGAUCUUUCUCCAGAUAGCUGGUUGUCCAUAGCCUGGUAUCCCAUUUAUCAAAUUCCAUCAGUGAAAUGCAUGAAGAAGGAGUUAUCCGCUGCGUUCCUAACGUACCAUAAAUUGAAACCAGACUUUCCAGAAACAUUUGUUGAGGAUGAUAAGAAGCUGAAAGAGCAUGGGAAGUCAAGUAAAGAAGUUGUGCUUCCUCCAUCUGGAGCAAUGACCUACAAGGCCAGUGGUAACGUGUGGAACAUGCCUCGGACAUCAGAUCAUGAUGAUAGAGAUAGGCAUGAAAAAGCUGCUUCCUCGUGGGUGGAAAAACUCGGCUUCACUCACAGUGAUUACAAGUUCUUUUUCAAAUGCAAUAUCUACUACCAUAGUUGGUGA